AGUUGAUGACGUUUUAUGUUUUGUAGGUUAUGUGUAGGCAUAUGUUGUAUUGAAUGUAAACGAAAUUAUACACUGUAAAUAAUAAUAAACUAACUUCUAAAUGUGUAAUAAAUAAUCAUGCGAAAUGGCUAGCGAUGAUGGAAACACUGCUAUAAAUAAUGACCAAGUCGAGUGGGUGCCUCUUACUUUAACUUUAGUAGAAUAUCCAAAAGGAGAUAUUAUCGGGAAAUUUUUAGCUCUAAUAAGUUUAGCUCCUUUUGGAAUUGGUUCAGGAUUCAUAGCAUUGAUCCUAUUUAGAAGGGAUUUGCACACAAUAACUUUUUUUUUGGGGACGUUAUUAUCCGAACUUUUAAAUUACAUUUUGAAGCAUAUAAUAUGCGAAGCUAGGCCAAUCCGAAGGGAUAUAAUUUAUGUAGAAUACGGUAUGCCUUCAUCUCAUGCACAAUACGUAUGGUUUUUUGCAACAUAUGUUAUAUAUUUCGUUUAUAUAAGAUUGCAACAUAUGAAUAAUAAUACCAUAAUACAGAGUCUAUCCAAAUUUUUAAUACUCUUUUCAACUUUGUCAAUGGCUAUUUUAGUGAGCAUAAGUCGAAUAUAUUUGGAAUAUCACACUGUGUCACAGGUACUUUACGGAGCUUUAUUGGGCUUUUUAUUCGCAACUUUUUGGUUUGCUUUCACUUAUUUGGUAUUAGCUCCACUCUUCCCCCAAAUAGUGUCUUGGAGUAUAUCAGAAUUGUUAUUAUUAAGGGAUACAACACUUAUUCCGAAUGUUUUAUGGUUUGAAUACACCAACACGAGAAAAGAGGUACACGCUAGAAGUCGAAAAUUAGUUAGUAUGAAGUCCCAAUGACAUAUAAUUUGGGACAAUAGUCUCGGUUUAUUUUAUUACUGUCCCGUAACGUUUUUGAAAUUAUUCGGAUGGUUUAAGAAGUGGAAAUGAGCAGCUUAUUCGAUGACUGCUAUUUAGACAAAAAAUAUAAGCUAUUUGUGUUAGGGUUUAAUAAGUCGUAGACGUUGGUUUUUGAGCUUCGUUAAAGUAGUUUUCAAGAGACUGAUGUACAAAAAAAUUAGGUUUAUAUGUAAACGGCUUUAGCCGAAAAGUUUGUACUGUCGUUAAAGUGUAUUUAUGCGUGGUGUUAUUGUAUGAAAAUGAAUACUUUGCAGAUAAAUCGAACCCUGUCGAUAUUUUCCUUCAUCUUGUAAUAAACGUGCAGUUAAAAUGUA